AUGUCUAUCGUCUAUGAGGCAAUCAAAGCCCUAAGUUUCACACCAAAAGAAAAAACUGACCUACGCGCAUUCUUCGUUAAUAAUCCAGAUAAAAGAAAGGAAGUAGAGCUCUUCAUUUUUGAGUGUACUGAUGAUGAGGUGGUUUCUUGUUUGAGAAAUGUCUUAAAGCCUGAACCUGUUACUGCGCCUCUCCAGGUGACUGAGAAUCAAGAUCUGAAUGGGUUUAUAAAAGCUUUGAAAGAUACGGAUUUUAAUACAAAAACAAGUGAUCUUUUAGAGUUGGCCGAUAAUACCAAAUUUUUUGGACUAAAAAAUCAACCAUCAAAACUGUUUAUUCGUAAUUGCUACAAAGACCUGUUCCAAACCGUCUUGAAACCUGAAAUAAGAAAUUUACGUAUCUCAAAUAGUCUUGGAAUCGGAAAACCAUUUUUCGGUUAUUACUUACUUUAUGAUCUCCUAAAAAAAGAUAGAACAAUUGUAUACGAACUCCAUACUAUGAAAAGUAGUGUUAUCCUCUUUAAAGAGGUAUGGACUUGGGAAGAAAUUAAUUACUGUAGACAAAAGCUUUUCGAUAAUCUUGAUGAAAAUAUGGUUAUGGUUGACACUUGUGAUGAGAAAAUAUUCCAAUACAUUGGUGGAAGUAAUAUCAGGGAGGACGUGAGUCAUAUACUUGUUCAUAUGUGGACAAACGUUCCGGAGGAUAAUAAUGUUUUGAGAGAUGAGGAAAGCACUGUAGAUGAAGGCGAGGUCAAAUAUAUUGCUGAAGAAUACUAUACAGAAACAAUUAUAAAAUUUGCGUCUGACUAUGUAGAUGACAUUUCUUGGAGAUUGCCACGUUGUAUUAAAGAUCAUGUUAAGCAAUACGUUCUUGGAAUUGAUUUAAGUUCUGGAGAUUUUGGAAAUUUACCAAGAACGUCAUCUACCGCAACAAUUGAGGAAGGAGUCUCAACUAUUGGAGAGCCAUCGGCUUCUAAUGUAGCAUCAUCUGACUCCAUCAUCCCUGCAAAAGGCCCUCUAGUGGAAAUCAAAGUAAAGGGAGUAAAGGGAAAAAAAAAGCAAGUUAGUAAGAAUGCUGCGUGA